GCAGCGAGUCGGAGCACGAGCGGAAAGGAGCAGAGUGAGCCGGGGAGGGGCUCCUGCAAGGGGACUCUCUAACAGCGACACCGCCCAGAAGUCCUUCACACGCCGCCUAUCCGUCCGCAGACAGCCGGGAGCGGGCAGCCGAGACCGCCCGCGCCGGGCCGGAUUGCACUGACCACUGACGGCCGCCAAAGAGAAGCACUGAUUCACACCGCCGCUGAGAAACGAGUCCCCCGCCUCCCCUUCCAGAGCUGCCCUGCUUCCUCACUUUCUUUCUUCUUCUCCUGCCUCCUCUGUCUAACGUGAAUCUAAUUUCGCGAGAGGGAAAGAAUAACAGGAAAGAAUAAUCAAAGAUGCCGAGUUCGCUGUUCGCCGACAUGGAGCGCAGCGGCGGCGGCGGCCACGGUCACGGCCACGGCCACGGCCACGCGGGCGACACACUGGACGAGCAGAGAGCGCUGCAGAUCGCGCUGGACCAGCUGUCCCUGCUCGGCCUGGACGCCGAUGACAGCGCGCCCUACGACGGCGAGCCCAGGAAGAAGAGCGUCAACAUGACCGAGUGCGUGCCCGUGCCCAGCUCCGAGCAUGUGGCCGAGAUCGUGGGCAGGCAAGGUUGUAAAAUCAAAGCCCUCCGGGCAAAGACCAACACCUACAUCAAGACCCCGGUACGAGGGGAGGAACCGGUCUUUGUUGUGACAGGCAGGAGAGAAGAUGUAGCCAUGGCCAGGAGGGAGAUCAUCUCUGCGGCGGAGCACUUCUCCAUGAUCCGAGCUUCAAGGAACAAGAACAGCAGUGCAAAUGGGAGUGGCACUGUCCCCGGGCCGCCCAACCUCCCAGGCCAGACCACCAUCCAGGUUCGGGUCCCCUACAGGGUGGUGGGCCUGGUGGUGGGGCCCAAGGGGGCCACCAUCAAGCGCAUCCAGCAGCAGACGCACACCUACAUCGUCACCCCGAGCCGGGACAAAGAGCCUGUCUUUGAAGUGACGGGCAUGCCUGAGAACGUGGACCGCGCCAGGGAGGAGAUAGAAGCACACAUCGCCAUGCGCACCGGGGGGCUCAUCGAGCUGACCGACGAGAACGACUUCCACGCCAAUGGCACCGACGUUGGCUUCGACCUGCACGGCCACGGCAGCCUGUGGAGCAAGCCUACCUCCAGCAUGACCCCCACCUCCGGGCGCAAGCCUUUCUCCAACUACCGCAACGACAGCUCCAGCUCGCUGGGCAGCGCCUCGACAGACUCCUACUUCGGGAACAACGGCAGCUCGCGGCUGGCCGACUACAGCCCCCCGAGCCCCGCGCUCAGUUACACUGCCUCCAACAACGGCAACAACAACAACAACAACAACGGCAACAUCAACGUGAACGCCAACGGCAGUGGAUUUGUCUAUGGAAGUGAUGUGAUUUCUCCUGAUUGCACUGACUUAACCUUUGAGUCCUCGUCGGGGUUCGACCCCACGCCUGCCCCGCCAGGCCUGAUGUGGUCACAGUUUGACCGCAGCGUGGCCUCUGCCAAUGGCUCCACCUCUGCCAUCUUUCCUGCCAACGCUUCCUCUAAUGCCAAUGGGAUGAUUGUGAACCAGAGGAGGGCCAACGGGGUUGGCGGCCCGUCCCAGCCUAGGCUCUCGCCGCCUCUGCACCAUGUCGGCGGGGGUGCCGAGCACCCCUUGGCCCGCAGAGUGCGCAGCGACCCUGGGGGCGGCACCCUCAGCUUCCCCGGGUACCCCGGCGCCGGGAUCUCGAACGGGAUCGCUUGCCUCGCCGGCUCACACCUGCCUGGGGGGGCGUCGCACUCCUCGGCCUCGUCCUCCUCCAGCUCCUCGUCCAGCUCCUCCUCGGGGACCAGCAGGAAGGGCAGCAGGGACUGCUCCGUGUGCUUCGAGAGCGAGGUCAUCGCGGCGCUCGUUCCCUGCGGACACAACCUCUUUUGUAUGGAGUGCGCCAACCGCAUCUGCGAGCGGAGCGAACCCAAAUGCCCAGUGUGUCACGCUGCAGUUACUCAGGCCAUACGUAUAUUUUCAUAAAGAUGUAUCUGACUGCACCGCGAUAACACCGACCAACACUCUCAUACUGCAAAGUAGAGGCAUAAUAGCAUAUGUAUAGGUGUAUGUGUAAAUAUAUAUAUAUAUGGUAUAUAUGCAUAUAUAUCACAUACAUACAUAUACAUUUGUAUAUUUGUAAGGCUGCAGUAUCCAAAAAGGGACCCCCUUCAGGGCUCAAAUGUCGUUGUUUAUAAUGUACUGUAGCUUUGGACAAUACCUUCAACAUGUAAUGCAUGUUCUACAUAUUACAGCGUAGUAAUUAAUAGAUAUAGUAAUUUGUAUACUAUAUUUAAGACGUUUGGAGAUGAGAAGUGAUGACUGAGGUACUUGCAAGGACUUCAAUUACGGAUUCUUAGCUAAGCAGGCCUUACCGCUGCACCGGUGAAGCGUACGCACUGGUGCCCGAAAUGACGUUAAAGAAACCGGAGGCCUUUGAAGAAACAGUAAUUGAUUCUUUCUAAAAACGUAACUAAGGAUGCUGCAGCUUAAGUUAAAAUGAGGAUCAGCAUCGACAUAUCCUACACAUACACCCGCACAUGCAUACAGUACAUAAUGGGGGUGGGGCUGGG